UUUGUGUGGUUCAAAAUCGGCAAUACAAAGAGGCGUUUUCACUUGAGUAGCAUCUGAUUGUACUUAGCGCCAGCUGUGUAGCGCCCCGCGCCACGUUUCUCAGAUCUCUGACCCUGCCUCGUGUCACCCAUCCAAACUACUAUACGAUGCAACAAAGCCUGAAACCGGCGUCGGCGUCGGGAUGGCAGCCGACACCUACGACAACCUAUGUCAUGAGAUAUACGGGCGACUGUACUCGCAGUUGGAGAGAAGAGAUGAAGAAAGAUACCGGUUUGCACCCAAAGGAACCGUCAAGGGCGUGCUGCACCCAGACAUCCUCAUGCGUUUCUUCCAGAGUUUGCUUUUACCUGGACAGACUGCAAUGGACCAGUUCAAUUUGACUGAAAAUGAUCUUGUUGUAAGGGUGGAUGAAAGAAAGCUUUACGAUUACCUGGCCAUUCUAAUAUUUGGGGCCUGCCGCAUCCAGGCAGCAAGAACAUUUACCAUAGCGCUUGUCGCCGUCCAUGAAUGGCCGGUUGUGAGCAGCAGAGGGGAGAAAUUUCAUUAUCUACCGACCGACCGGAAAGAACUUCUCGAGCUGUUUCAUGACGAUGUCACUGUUGAUAAAUUCUGUAUUGCGCAACCAUGUUUCUGCCCUGUGGUAAUUCGGAAGAGGAUGGAGGUCAGCAUCAAAAACCUAGAGGCACAGCGUCUGCCUUAUUUAGAAGAGCAACUGCUUUCCCAGGGGUCCUUUGGUACGGUAUACAAAGUCAAGAUAGCCAAAGGUCAUUUUUACAAUCCUCGAGACAGGACAGCAAAUCUCAACCAUGAGGAAUUGGCGCGUAAAGACUAUCGCAUUAGUCCGGAGUUCCGAGCCCAAGAAGAACGCGAGAUUAUGGAGAAGAUUCUUAAUAGUUCUUCUCAUAAGUGCAGAAAUAUUCUCUAUAAUUAUGGUAGCCUUGAUAUCAGUCCGACGACAUAUAGCUUGUUCAUGCCUCUUGCUAUUUGUGAUCUCAAGGCAUAUAUGACAGAGUACCAUCGGACCAAGCCAAAUACUACCAUGGAAAAGGCAAAAAUUAUUCAGUCAGCCAAGGGACUUGCAGGGGCUCUCAAUUUUCUUCAUAACGAGAUGAAAACUGCCGACAUGGAGGAGCUAGUUUGUUAUCACAUGGACCUCAAACCAAGCAACAUCCUAAUAUUCAGGGAGGAAAGCAACAAUGAAACAAAUUAUGUUUGGAAACUAAGCGACUUCGGAAUGGCUCGUGUCAAGAUCCGCCAUCGGGACCACAACAGUAUGAAAGAAAAGGAUUUCAACAGCGUGUUUAUUCCUCGUCCAAAGCCGCACGAACCAUCUUCGUCGCUUACGAUAAGCCGACAUGGAGAAGGUACAUAUUUGGCUCCGGAGUCUGUCUCAUCAAGACCCAGCAUGAACAGAGAAAGCGAUGUAUGGUCUCUCGGAUGCGUUAUCAGCGUUGUAUUUGCAUACUUAGAGGAGGGCGGAGAUGGCGUGACUCGUUACCAAGACGCCAGAGUGAACCAUCCUCAUGCAGAUGGCUAUGAUCGAUUUUUCCUGCGUAACACGAAUUUUACUCCUCUUAAAGUCCAUCCAGUUAUCAGCAAAUGGCAUUCUUUUCUCAUCGAACGAGCAGAGCAACGACACCCUGAGGAAGGGGCGGUUGUGAAAUUUAUGUUGAGAUACCUCGAAAGCUCGGUCUUUGAAGUCAAGCAGACAAAAAGACACGGUGUUAAGGAAGUAGAAUCAAUGUUACUCGAAACCUACAAAAAGUAUAACAAAUUGGAAAGGGAUGAUCCAGAUCCUGGCAGACGACCAGUACCUCCGAGCCCAAAGCUGUGGCAUAGAAUCCGGCCGAGAUCUGCACGCUCGGCCGAUCGACAGGUUGAUGUUUGGAAUCUAUCUCCUCUUGAACCUUUCAAGGGUUGCCAAAUUUCCCCUAAUGGGACGUACGUUGCGUACUGGACUGACAUUAAGAUCUCACUCUACACCUCGCACUCAGUAUCUCUUCAGAAUCAAAACUUGGUGAAACCGGCGGCAGAGUAUUCACUUGAAUCGGAAUACAUGAAUUGUAUCUGGAAAGAAAUCGCUUUGACACAGAGAUACUUGGUAGCAUCAACAACAGGAGCAAAUUUUCAGUGUUAUAUAUUCGACCUUGAAGCUGGAAGGUCAGUCGACCCCAGUCUCAAUUAUUGGUAUAAAGUUUCCUUAUUUCACCCUGAGAUUAGCAAACUUGCUAUAUCACCGGACAGUAAAGCACUUGCAUGUGUUUUGCGUGAUAAAGAAGAAGGCGAAAAUAAGAGUUCAUUGUUUCUCGCUCCCAUGUCCGAGCUGAUCCGGAUAGGCAAAAAACUACAAGAACCGCCAAUUGAUGAAACCUCAUCCAGUGAACUCAGCAGUGGCGAUUCUAGGAUGUCUAACAGUGAUCCGUGGUCGUUAGGGAAAUUGGAUUGGCCUGCGACAAAUAUUACGCACUUUUCUUUCUCGACUACAGAGGAAAUUUACAUGGUCGUUCGCCCUGAGCUUACGGUCAGAAGCAUUGAACACAGAAUUUCUAUUUUAUAUCUUAACCUGCCCACAAGGAAGCUUUACCCUUUAGAUAUAAGAUCACUACUUGACACCAACAUCGCAGCAGCUCUCUUUACCACGUUCGCGCCCUUUCGUCAACAAGCAGCAACCUGCGCUGUUGUCACCAGAGAAAAGCAACUUUAUAUUAGAAACAUCAUUGAAAAUGACCCCUCUGCUGCCAUUGAGAAAAAAAUAAAGAACUAUAGGGUGCUAAGAUUGAUUAUGGGCUGGCGAGAUGAGAAGAUUUUAGCUUUGGGAACGCCAUCGGCGAGCCAUAAGAUGUUCCUGCUUGAGAUGACAGUGCCUCGAUCUGAAAAUGACAGCGUUUCAGUAACGGAAUUGACACAGAUUCCGGGCCUUUCAUAUGACGACGAGUUUAUCGAAAUGCUCUCUGAUGAGAGUGGAGAAAAGUAUGUCCUUAUCGCCGCAUUGGCAGGGGCAAAACAGAGCACCAUCUACAAAGUACACCUUCCCGGGGUCUAAGAGAGACAAAUGAAACCACAGAGAGGAAUAUUGCAGGAAUGAAGUUGUCGGUUCUAUCUAUCAAGCUGGCGACUCUUUCUGGCCGAAAUCGGCGCUGGUUUGGUUUGACGUCAACCUCCGCGUCAUAAACCUCAAAUUCCAGUCCGUGGGAACGUUCACUCGAGG